AUGCCCGGAGCGGGCGUAUUUUGGAAACAAUACCGCGCGGUGCGGAGUGGCCUCCUCCCGCGCCCACCCGCCCGCCGCGGCUGCCGCCCCUGCCCGCGCCCCCCGCGCCCCGCAGCAGCCCGGAGGGCGCCGGGCGUCCGGGAGCCGCACGGACCUGGAUCGCGCCUCCGCGGCGAAGCGGGGAGAGGAGUCGCGCUCAGGGCUUUCCUCUCCUUCCCGAUCGCGUCUGGGCGCCAAGCCCCCGAGAGCUCGUCACGCUGGACCCUGGCGCGGAGCCCUGGCACCACGACUCGGAGGCCGACACUCUCCCCUGGAGUCACCCAGGUCUGCUGUGAGUGA